AUGCAAUCCUCCUCUCUAGAAGAUAAUAUUAAAAAGAAGCUGAGAAGGUUACAAAAACUCACACACAAAGCAUUACUAUCCAAAACCUUGGCUCGUUCAAAGAACAAGCUCACCGAAGUCACUCAUGAUAUUCUAAGCUCGGAAAUUGAAGGUACUGAUCAACACUUCUUUCUCAAGUGCUCGAAUUGCAAAAUAAUAUUCAGUGGUGAUUGUUCGGCAAGUAACAGUGAUUUAUCUGCAAAUACAACCACAUUCCGAUCACCCUUCUUCAAUAAUAAUCACUUUGAAAUGCCAAUUUCAUUCAUGAUUUAUACAGAAAAUUCAACAAGUUUUGAUGGCGUGAUGAAGCACGAGUAUUCUAAUGGCAUUGGAGUGCUGUAUUAUCUGAAUAAGAUUGCUCUUCAAUUAUUUCUUCAAAGUCUGUCUUUUACCUUCCAACAAAUUCAAGAGAGCCAAACACUUUCGGACGAUGAUGUAUUAAAGUUUUCAAUUUUGAGCGUCUUGUUGCCAUCAUCAUGCCUUGCAACAAGUUCAGUGGAUGAAUUUUUCGAAAGACAAAGUAAAUACUUCCAAUGUAGCACAAGUAUUGAAUAUUGA